GCGAUCCUUAACUCCCUCCGCCCCCCCCUUCUCUCCAUCCACACCCACCAUGGCGAAAUGAACCCCCCACCCGCCUCCUCCUUCUCCUCCUCUUUCUCCCGGGUCCGCUAAGAUGGAGCAAGCAGGAAACUAACAAAGAAACAAGCCAGCUUGGGCCUUGGUGGGAACCAACAACCCAUCAUGCUAGUUUAAUGGACCGAAUGCCGGCCGGUUGCAACGGAGAUUUGUACAGCUUUGCAGGGGAGAAGUCUGAGGAUCUGAAGACAUUAUUUGACAGAGGAGGUUCUGAGAGGACAGCUUGCAGCUGCAGCUUGGUCGUCCGUGGGGCUCCAGGCCGACUGACAUCACCCAGGUUAACAUCAAGCAGCAACUGCCCCCUUCCAGUGCACCUCCGGACAGCAAGACUGGAUUGCCACUGGCAUGUAGCUGUGUCCAGUUGGGUGGCAGGCAGACCCAAGGGGUACCAUGAAGUUUUUAGGGCCCCUGGAGAGCCAGAGGUUGUCCGUCCUCCUAGAGAUGGCAAUCUCUAGGGAAGCUCAGACGUGGAAGGUGUACGUGCCCAGAAUUCACCCCAAUCAGGAUGCAGGCAUUUCUCCAACCCAGCGGGACGAAGUGAUUCAGUGGCUGGCCAAACUCAGGUGCCAGUUCCAUCUUUAUCCGGAAACACUGUCUCUGGCCGUCAGCCUCUUGGACAGGUUUUUAGCGGCUGUGAAGGCUCGCCCAAAGUACCUGAACUGUAUUGCGAUCAGCUGCUUCUUCCUCGCCACCAAGACCAUUGAGGAAGACGAGAAGAUUCCAGUCCUGAAGAUCUUGGCCAGAGAUAGUUUUUGUGGCUGUUCUCCAGCAGAGAUUCGCCGAAUGGAGAAGAUCAUUCUAGAUAAGUUGAACUGGGAUCUUCACACGGCCACUCCGCUGGAUUUCCUUCACAUUUUCCAUGCAGUCGCCUUGUCCACCAGGCCUCAGCUGCUGACCAGCCUGCCCAAGGUGAAUCCGUCCCAACACGUUGCUUUGCUGACCAAGCACUUGCUGCAUUGCCUAGCCUGCUACCAGCUCCUUCAGUUCAAGGGUUCCAUGUUGGCCCUGGCCAUCGUGAGCCUGGAAGUGGAGAAGCUGAUUCCCGAUUGGCUGGCUCUCAUCAUUGAACUGCUCCACAAGGCACAGAUGGAUAGCUCCCAGCUGAUCCACUGUCGGGAGCUGGUAUCCAAGCACCUCUCCACUCUGCAGCCUCCUCGGCUGCCCAACUCGGUCUACGUCUACAGUCCCCUCAAGCACAACCUGGUGACUUGCCCCACGGGGGCCUUCCGAUUCCACGCCCCCGCGGUCCCAGUCCCCGAUUGGCAGGACAACAGCAGGAAGCCGGUAGUGCCAGCCAAAGGAUCCGCCUCGCUCUGCCGCCGCCGGCGGCUCCCUCCCGGCAGGUGCAAGCCGGCGACGGCCAAGCGCAAAGUGGAAGAGAUGGAGGUGGACGACUUCUACGACGGGAUCAAGCGGCUGUACAACGAAGAGAGUCCUCCAGACGGCGGGGAUGGCAAGACCGCCCCCGGGUGUGGCAUCGACGUCUCGUGGCAAGGAGGCAGCGUUUCUCCCUGCCCUCCAUUGCAGCCUGUUUCUGUCAUAUAGUCCAGUGUUCUUCAAACUCCAGCAACUUGGAAGAUGUGUGGACUUCAACUCCCAGGAUUCCCCAGCCAGCAUAGCUGGCUGGGGAAUCCUGGGAGUUGAAGUCCACACAUCUUCAAGUUGGUUAGGUUGAGAAACACUGAUGUAGUCCUAUGUCUUCAUGCGCCUUUGGUGGAAAGGCUGUUCGUGCAGAUUCAACCAACAUCAGGCAGCCAUUGGCCUUUUGGGCUAAUGGAGGGAAGGCCGUACCUUAACAGGGUUUUAGCAGAAGGGAGCUAGCUAUCCUUUUUUUUAAAAAAACAAAAAAAUAUAUACCAUAUCUCUCCCCCCCCCCCUUCUCCUGAUUUUCCUUUGGCGGCUAAUGAUAGUUUAACUCUGUUCAAAGUUCAGACUUGAUUUUAAGUUCUUUAAAAAAAAAAAAAAAAGACCCCCAAAAACCAACCCCCUCCUCCCAAAAAUAGUAGCAAAAAUCAUUUCUGUAGUGUUUGUUCAUUUCCACCGUUUCGAUCGACUGUUGUGUAUUUGUAAUCUCUCACGUAUUGUUUUGAAGAAUUGAUACGGGAGUGUGCCGAAUGCUUUUCAGAUUUCUGGCUGUGUUCUCGCCUCCUUCCAAAUUUCCUUCCUUUUUUUUUUUUUCUAAAGAACUCCCUUCGCCUAACUUCUUUUAAAAACGAUUUCCAAAUUGUAUGACUUCCUAGAUACGUUUUGGAUUGGGGUUUUUUUUGUUUUGCACUUUUAUUUUGGGUAAGAUUCCCUUGAUAAUCUUUUCAGGAACAAAAGAAAAACAUUUUCUCUUUUAAGUCGAGUUCUCUUCUUUUCUGUCAUUCGACCACUUUUGGUCUUUUUGACUGCGGUAGCUCAAACUAAAACUUGGCUUUUAAAAAAUGAGGUUUCCUUUUAACGAAAAAGAAUCCUUUGUAGAACCUGUCCUAUUCGUAGGAAGUAAAAAUGGACACUCAAGAACGGGCGCUACGUUUGGUUUGGAAAAAAAAGGGUUAAAGCUGCACAAUAAUUAUGAUUUUCAUUUUAUAGAAAACCUCAGUGGCUGUUGUUAGGCCGACCAAACCGAUACGUAACACCUUUCUUUUGUGUUUUUAUAUACAGAAAAAAGUCUUCUGCAUCAAAUGCAGAAUAUAACGAAAUGAAACAAACAGCGGGCAUUGAAAGCACCUGUGUCCUUUGGGCCAUUUUUGUAGCUUUUUGUGUAUAAAUGAUCUUAGAUUUCCCCUUUUCCUUAUGUUUUCUCCCUGACCUUUUUAUGUUUGUGUAAAUUUACAACUUUUAAGACAGGGACAAAAAGAAAGAAAGAAAGAAAAAAGACUUUUAAAGAUCUUCUGUUUUAAAAUUCUAAAUGCACUGCUUCUUGGAAUAGCCUUUGAAAGGAUCUCCUUGAUUUUAAAGCUCUCUUCACAGUCCCCCCUUCGAAGGUACUGUGUUUGCCAGUCUCACGGAGAAAGGCUUCGGGUAGCAAUAAAAACAAAUACGUUGUCCUUCA